AUGUUUAUAUUUUCUCAAACCUGCACCCCUCAUAGCAGAAGGCUGCAUAUAGCAUAUAUGCAUGUCUUUUGACCGGAUUGGUAUGUCAUAAGGAACCAUCAAGUUUGGAAGGUCUUGAGAAUUUCCUGCAGUUUUUAUUACCUGGUGGCUUCUUCUGCCUGCUUCGUGCACAUUAUGAAAAUUCAGGUGUUAGCUGAACGUGAGCAAAAAAUUCAAACUGAAGUGAAAGAAAUCCGAAAGGUGUUUUAUUGUGAUCUCUGCAACAAGCAAUACAAAUUAGCUAUGGAAUUUGAAGCACACUUGAGCUCUUAUGAUCACAAUCACAGAAAGCGAUUCAAACAAAUGAAGGAAAUGCAUGGUGGUGGUAGUCGAGAUGAUAGGCAAAAGCGAGAACAACAGCGUCAAGAGAAAGAAAUGGCAAAGUUUGCUCAAAUUGCUGAUGCUCAAAAGCAGCAACGCCUUCAAUUGCAACAAGAUUCUGGAUCAGGAACAGUGUCCUCCGAAUCUAGAACUGCCACUGCUCUUACAGAUCAGGAGCAGAGAAAUACUUUGAAAUUUGGGUUUUCGUCUAAAGGCAGUGGUUCCAAGAUAACUUUUGGUGCCAAGAAACAAAAUGUUGCGAAGAAGCAAAGUGCCCCCCCGAUCUCCUCUAUAUUUAGUAAUGAUAGCGAUGAAGAAUAAAGGAACAUUACUCAUCCAGUGGCAUAUCAGUAUGUUGUGGCCUUUAUCUGGUUUGGUUUGCAUUAGAUGUUUUUUUAUUAAACAUUUGCCACCAUCCUCAGUUGAAGAGGAAGAAAACAUUUGUAAUUUCACGAUAAUUUGGUAGACCAAAAAUCUUAUCUGUUUAUCUGUGUGACAAUAUUAUGUUUGUAAGGAUUUUAUAUUUUUUACUUGGGUACAAUAGUUAUGUUAGUUUCCAUAGUUCCAGUGA